UGACUGAACAAUCUGACAGAUAACGCAUCACUCAUAUUGGUCCAAAGUCCAUAUUUCCACAGCCAAUGAAACACACUGGCACAGAUUCACAGUUCACAGAGACUUUACAGAUCUCUUAAUUGUGGAAUACCGGCUCCACAUCUCAAGUGUUUAGGACAGAAGAGAGAGAUGGAUAUCCUGGAGACAAGUGAAUAUGAUCGGAGACAACGCAGGAACACGACCUGCGUUGUAUUUCUGUAUCUCCUCCCCUUUUUUGCAUCCUGCACGAUAUAUUUUUACUUAUGGAUCCCAGAUUCUGCCCCAUCUUUGAUGGCCGCUGGCAUAAAGGCCGCCCCUGUCCUCUCUCUGGCUCUUCUGGUUUUCAUCUAUAACGGAGGGUGGAGUCUCCUGGGCGUGGCAGGAGGGUUGCUGCUGUCGGCGGGAGGAGACUGUUGCCUUAUUUGGCCACAAUUAUUUAUCCCUGGAAUGGGCUGUUUUGCUUUGGCCCACAUGCUUUACGCCGUCACAUUCCUCUCCUCUCGAUAUUCUAAAACCUCCUCCUCCUCCUCCUCAGUCCUGAUCCUUAACCUCCUGCUGUGGUCGAUCGGUGGUGGAAUAUAUGUUUACCUGGUGCCCUUCCUCCGACUCGAUCCAGAUGCCGACAUUCUCGUUCCAGCUAUUGGAGGUUACGUCCUGCUCAUCGUCAUCAUGGCCACGAUGGCAACUCGUACACGUCGGUCACUCCUCAUUAUGGGUAGUGUGAUCUUUAUGGCGUCUGACCUUACGAUUGCACUCACAAAGUUCAACGUCGUUGAUCUAGAAUACAAAAAACACAUCAUUAUGAUUACAUACUACCUGGCACAAUUGAUGAUCGCGCUUGGUGACGUGAAAGCAUGGAUGGAGGCGGAUUCUGAUGACAUCCUCAAGUGGAAGAGGUCAUAAGAUUGCUCUGCACGCAGGAUGUGCCAAUAGUGCCCAGUCGUAGUACAAGUUUGUGUAUUAUUACUGAGAAAGGUUCAACACGACUGCCAAUCUUGGAUCUAAAAUGCAUUACUUCUGUACGGACAUGAUUUAAAUUCAAUAUGGACCUAUUUUUAGCAAACCUUUGUUGAGUUGAUGAAGGCCAAACUCACCACUGACUCUCCUGACAGUUUUCUCCUAACGUAUUUUGAUGUUUUAAAAUACUGAUAACCGUGUUAACAUCUGGACUUAAGUGUGCAUAGCAGAGUGAGUCACAUUUGAACAGAAAUAAAGGAGACGAUACUGUA